CUUUGGGGCACCUUGAUUUCCCCAGUCGUGCACAUUAAGGAAGCUAUCUGGUUUGGGCUGGUUUAAGUUGUGUGCAGGAGACUGGAGAGAGUUCAAGCAGCUGCUGGUUCAAUAUUCAUAUGGACAUUGUUUCCAGGUUAGGGUUUCGAUUCAACAAUGGCUUCGUCGUCCUCUGAUCCUGGUUUGAAAUCCGAAGCCGGUGGUGGCGGCUGCGGUGCAGAGGCGUCGGAGGCGGUGGUUACGAACGAUCAGCUGCUGCUUUACAGAGGGCUGAAGAAAGCGAAGAAGGAUAGAGGGUGUACGGCCAAGGAGCGCAUCAGCAAAAUGCCUCCCUGUGCCGCCGGAAAACGCAGCUCUAUCUACCGCGGAGUCACCAGGCAUAGAUGGACUGGACGUUAUGAAGCUCAUCUUUGGGACAAGAGUACUUGGAACCAGAAUCAGAAUAAGAAGGGAAAACAAGUUUACUUGGGGGCGUAUGAUGAUGAGGAGGCUGCAGCUAGAGCUUAUGAUCUCGCUGCCUUGAAAUAUUGGGGCCCCGGCACACUCAUUAAUUUUCCAGUUACUGAUUAUACAAGGGAUCUUGAAGAGAUGCAGAAUCUCUCAAGAGAAGAAUACCUUGCAUCUCUGCGGAGAAAGAGCAGUGGUUUCUCAAGAGGAAUUUCUAAAUAUCGUGGCCUUUCCAGCAGUCGAUGGGAGCCAUUUGGUCGUAUGUCUGGAUCUGAGUACUUCAACAGUAUGCAUUAUGGUACAGGGGAUGAUCCAGCAGCAGAAAGUGAAUAUUUAGGAAGUUUCUGCAAUGAAAGAAAGUUUGACUUGACAAGUUACAUCAAGUGGUGGGGGCCUAACAAAACUCGUCAUGCAGAUGCUGGGACAAAAUCAUCAGAAGAAACAAAGCAUGCUGGAGAUAUUGGUGUGGAACUAAAAACACUAGAAUGGGGAGUCCAGCCUACUGAACCAUACCAAAUGCCACGUUUGGGCGUGUCCAAUGAAGAGAGAAAGCAUAAAGGUUCUGCAGUCUCUGCCUUGAGCAUCUUAUCACGGUCAGCUGCCUACAAGAACUUGCAAGAGAUAGCAUCAAAAAAGCAAGAAAACAGUGGCGAUAAUGAUGAGAACGAAGACAAAAAUACCAUCAAUAAGAUGGACUAUGGCAAGGCAGUUGAGAAAUCCACAAAUCAUGAUGUUGGGACUGGGAGGCUUGGAGUUACACUAGGCAUGAGUGGGGGAUUGUCUCUUCAGAGAAAUGUGUAUCCAUCGACUCCUUUCUUAUCUGCACCGCUUUUGACAAACUACAAUACUGUUGAUCCGUUGGUAGAUCCCAUUCUCUGGACGUCUCUUGUUCCUGUUCUUCCAACUGGGCUUUCUCGUGCAGCUGAGGUUACAAAGACAGAGACCAGUUCGACUUACACACUCUUUCAUUCGGAGGAAUAGGCAACACAUUCUCUUCUCAUGUACAAUUUGGUGAAAAGUGGAAAUCGGCAUUGUCUUCUACCUGGAAGGGUUAUCAAUGCAUUGCCAGCAGACGUCUUAGGAAGAGUAUGGAGAGCUUAAUUUGUCUCAAGAGUUUUUAGUUAUUUUUUAAUUAUAGUUUACUUCAGGUCUGGGUUUAUAGAAAGGAAAUAUAGAUGUGUCUUCAUAUUUUUUUUUAUAAGUAGAUGUGUCUUCAUAUUUAUAGUUUAGAAAUAGAAGAGGGAAAAUGUCGGUCUUUCUUGAAUAUAUUUGUACAGCAAAUAAGAGGAAAAGCUCUCCUUAAAUGUGGUUUGUUGUAACAUGCACAAAUUAGUGUACUUUCCGCAGGUGCUGAUCA